AGAUGAGAACUAUGAACUUUUUGUUGAUAUUGAUAGGCAUUAUUUUUCCCGGGUUGGAAAAAAUUUGUUGUGAUUUACCCAUAGAUGACAUUGGUUUUGUUGUCAUUUUAAAGUACAUACAUUUGUCUCAUUCUAACGUGGAUUUUGCUAUUAUUGCAAAUAAAUAAAUGUGACACUUUUUCCUAAACUUUUUACUAGCCUUAUGUCUAAUUUACACUAUAUCAUAUAUAAUUUAGACUGAUAACUAGUUAUAAUAAAACCAUAUAAUUACUGACAAUCGAGUGCUCUUUCUUAAAAGCAGAAAAAGGAUUUUUUUAUGAAUUGUCAAAAAAAUAAUUUGGGAUUAUUUAGUCGAACAAAUUCUAAAGAAUAAAAAGAACCUGCCCAUUUUGAAAAUACUUCAAACUAUAGUAAUUUUACAUUACUCAUAUCAAUUUAGUUGGAAAAAAGUAUUGUUUGAAAUGAAUACAACUGGUGUAAUUACUCCAGCGGAUGAUGUAUUAUUCGGUGAUCUAUGUUCAUUGUUAGAACAAUUGCAGAAGAAGAAGAAACACAGACCAGAACAAAAUAAACUAUUAUCAAAUUUUGUUGACCAAUUUAGGUUAAAAUUAGCUAACACGCAGGGCUCCAAGAACUCUACUUUUUUCCCCAUAUUGAGGUUGCUCUUGCCAAGUUGUGAUCGGGAACGUGGCCCCUACAACCUUAAAGAAACCAGACUAAGUACUUUAUUGGUAAAAGUACUGUCUCUCAAUAAAGAGUCGACAGAUGCGAAACAACUGAUACAUUUUAGUUCUUCAAAUAACUCAGUUCUAGAUAGCGACUUCCCUGGUGUCGCGUUUUACGUUAUAAAAAAAAGAGUUGGUCAGAAUAAUUCAGUAUUAACAGUCAGAGAGAUCAAUGAGAUACUUAACUCUGUUGCAACUGUAGAUAAUGUUCAUAAAACUCCAUUGGAUGAUAUAUUUAGUUAUGCUUUAAAAAAACUAACAGCCAUCGAAUUCAAAUGGCUUCUAAGAAUAAUAUUAAAGGAUUUAAAAUUAAGUAUGAGUUCAGAUAGAAUCUUGGGGAUUUUCCAUCCAGAUGCCCCAGAGGUCUUCAAGAACUGCAGCAGUAUUUUAAAGGUGUGCGAAGAAUUAGAAGAUGGCGACACUCGACCAUCAGAACUGGGCGUCAAUUUGUUCUACGCUGUAAGACCAAUGCUGUCUGAGAGGUUGGACAUCACACACAUACACGUCUUGGAUAAGACGAAGACCUACUGUAUGGAGGAGAAGUUUGAUGGUGAGAGAUUCCAGAUGCACAUGGAUAACAACGUAUUUGAAUACUUUUCACGGAAAGGUUUCAAGUACUCCAAAAACUAUGGGCAAAGUUACGACUCCGGCAUGUUAACGCCGUAUUUGAAGGAUAUUUUUGCUCCCGAGGCGAGGAAUUUCAUUCUUGACGGUGAAAUGAUGGGUUGGCACAAAAUAGAUAAUUAUUUCGGAUGCAAAGCGAUGUCAUACGAUGUUAAGAAAAUCACAGAGAACAGUUCGUUCCGCCCUUGCUUUUGCGUGUUUGAUAUUCUAUAUUAUAACGACAGACCACUCAUCGGCUCGCCAGAUAAGGGCGGUUUACCUUUACGGGAACGACUCAAAAUACUCGACGAUCUAUUCAUAGACAAGCGAGGUGUUAUAGAACAUAGCAAGCGAAAAAUUAUCAAAGAAAGUUCAGAAGUUGUGGACGCCGUCAACGAUGCCAUAGACAAUCAGGACGAGGGUAUUGUAGUUAAAGAUAUAAAUUCAUACUACAUCGCUAACAAAAGAAACGCUGGCUGGUACAAAAUAAAACCGGAGUAUACGGACGACACCAUGAAUGACCUAGACCUGGUGGUGGUCGGUGCUGAUGAAGCCACCAACAAAAGACAGGGGCGUGCGAAAAGUUUCUAUGUCGCGUGUCGGGAUAACAAUGAUGGCGACCCUGUCUGGACCUGCAUUGGUCGCGUGUCUAACGGACUGAAGCACGAGGAGAAGGAACGCGUUUGUUCAUUACUUGAACGGAACUGGUGUAUGUAUAGGAAAAAACCUCCGCCUCCCUGUCUGCGCUUCGGCAAAGAUAAGCCGGACUUCUGGAUACUUCCAGAACAUUCUAUCGUAUUGCAGGUGCGUGCCACCGAGCUGUUAAGCGUUGGGGACUCACACGUGCUGCGAUUCCCGCGCGUGGAAGAUAUAAGAUCAGACAAGCCGGUCGAUGACGUGUGCACAAUACACGAACUUAGACAACUGGCUGUGAGCAGAAGCCCGGUCAGUAAGCUAAGUACGAAGCGCGUAAACGAAUCGCAAAUAGAUCAAAACUAUAUUAAAACACGCAAGCGCGGUCUGUCUAAGACCGUCCAAGUACCGGAAAAAUUCCGCACAAAGACGAUUGGAGACGUGCAAGUUAUAUCGCGAGCUUUGUUUGGGAAGAAACUUUGUGUGUUGUCGGAUGACGAGGAUUGUAAGAAAACAGAAUUGAAACGCGUCAUAGAGUCCCACGGAGGGAGACACGUUGAGAACCCAGGUUCAGAUACUUGGUGCUGUGUAGUGGGAACUAUGACACCGCGAUCCCGUAGACUCAUAGAGACACAAGACCUAGACAUCAUUAGCACAGCCUGGCUCAGAAGCCUACCAGCGACAGACGAACCGUGUCACCUGUCGCCAUUGGACAUGCUAUCAAUGAAACCCGAAACGAAGCUCAAACUGAGCCUAGACUACGAUCCCUUCGGUGAUAGUUACAAGGAUGAAAUAGAUGAAAAAACAUUGAAGAAACUGCUGGACAAAAUGGAUUCGGAGCUCCCGUUGUAUCCAACUUUAAAAGAAAAAGUCUGUCUGGACAAACAAUUAUUCGGCGCCAACAAUCCUUUUUCAUUUUUGAGGAAUUGUUUCAUUCACGUUAUUGACAAUUCGCUUUACGGAACUAUGGCGUCCUUUUUCGGAGCCAAAAUCUGUUCUCUCGAUGACGUCAGACUGACGCACGUCGUUAUGUCAAAAGACGCGAAUGUCAAAAUAGAUAAAGGAAUUCUAGUGUCGGAUGGAUGGUUGGAAGAAUGUUUUAACAAAAGGAGUUUUGUUCCUGUCGAUGAUUAUCUAAUUUAAAUAUAUCAUUAUACAUGUGUGUAUUUUAAUAAUCUUAUUUUUAUUUACUAUAAUAUAACUUGUUUAUUAUAAUCUAGAUUAUUUAUACAUGUAAUUGUAAUGAAUUAUAAUUUUGUACUAAUUUUUCUAUCGUAUAAGUUCACUUUCAGUGUUUGUGAUCUAAAGUAUAAUAAGAACAGUAAUGAGGAUAAUAAAAGUGCUUCUACUAA